AUGGCGGUCGUGCCCGACCUCCCCAUACCCAUAUCCUUUAUCUCGGGUCGCUAUCUCCUCUUUUCUGUAGAUGCGGUCACAUAUCUCAGAAGGGAGCACCACAUUUGCGGCGUUUUGAUCGGCACACUGCCGCAAGUGCCGCAGCAAAAUGUCUUCUUGGGCCUCCCUUUAGAGUUAAUGCCUGAAGAGGCGAGAAUCUUGGUAGAGAAAGGGGUGGCGUACAUUGUCGAUGAAGGCAAAUCCCACAAUCUGGGGAUGAGAGCGCUCCUUGAGGAAGACAAAAGACGUUAUCUGCAGGACUUGGAGCGUGAAGGACGUCAAGCCACUCGAGCUCAAGCCGAACGAAAGGAGCGGGAGCGUGAAGAAGCAUUGAAGAAGCAGGCGCUCAAGAAGAGUGCAAAGGCUGAGUCCUCGAAACCGCAGGACGCCUCUGAGGAUCUGGCUAGUGCUGGCGAUGAUUCUGAUUUGAAUCUUUUCGGUGCGGACUCUCCCCGGCCUGGCAGUGCUCUGUCUUUAAGAGCAUCCUUGGCCUCAGAAACGCCGAUGGGCAUCACCCCGGCGACUUCAUAUCCUCCGUUGCCUUCCAAAGUGCCCAACGAGUAUCUCAUGCCUCUCCCGGAUGUACCACGUUCGUAUCCGUUGUUCGCUCACCUGCACUCACAAGGCUACUUUUUGUCACCGGGUCUCCGGUUCGGGUGUCAAUAUAUGGCGUACCCUGGAGACCCGUUGCGUUUUCACUCUCACUUCCUAGUGGUCGCAGCAGACUGGGACCAGGAGCUUGACCUGAUGGAGAUCGUCGCCGGUGGCCGAUUGGGCACCGGUGUGAAGAAGGGAUUCCUCCUGGGGGGUGAGGUACCUGACCAAGACCAAUCCGGCGAUAAGGUCCGGACAUUCAGUAUCGAGUGGGCAGGGAUAAGUUUUGCUGCAAAUGCAAAAGCAACCCUAUACACGCAUGGUGAGAAGCUCUGCAACUUGAUGCAUAUGCAACCCGAGGUCGGGACAUGCUGCCCAGCAGCUGAUAAUCCCGAAUCCACGGCUCUGCCUAUCAAUCCCGACUGUGAAGUUCUACGCAGUCCAAUGACGCCAGAUGUCCGGGUUCUGGCGCCCGUGCUUGAAAACAGCACUAACAUCGAAGGACAAGGAUUGAUAAGGGGUAAUACACGCGCGAGCACUAGAUUACGAUGCGUGCGAUGCGCGAUUGCUUCUGGUAAUCAUUUGAGGACAUCCAAAAGCAAGCAACAAGCGUCCACGCCACCUAUUCGGUGGUACUUAUUCAGAACUGGCCCAAUAAUAAUGGGUAGUAGCAGUGCACAAAGUCUGGAUGUACAGAAUUGGAACGCUCGAGGAGCAUCUUUUUCAUUAUUAUUACAACCAGCUCAGAUUAUGUAG